GGGGGCGACUCUCACAUACUAGUUCAGUCACAAUGACUUCAGCCGGACGGAUGUAGUGCUGUCUUAGCUUAGCUUAUCAAAACGUAACAAUAGACCAUGUAUGUUUAAAUAAACAUUUUGUACAGUUUUUACAGGUUUUUCUUACUAAUACGUACGGAGUUAUAUCACAAAAUAUAUUGGACUUUAUCUGAACCCGGCUGUUUUGCGGCUCUGCGUAAAGUUUUAUGAAUGACAACGUUAGCCUUUAGCUAGGAGCGCUAUUCAGACAGCAACGAGAGGUCUCCACAUCCUUGCGCCGGUGAAUGAAUGAGAGAUAUUUGAACUGGACGAGACUUCAAAGGCUUGAAUUUACAACUCUAUACGGUCAUGGCUACCGGUGCUGAUGUUCGUGAUAUUCUGGAGUUGACUGGAGGGGAAAAUGAAGGUCCCAUCAGCAAGAAAGAUCUCAUCAACUCAGACAAGGUGAGCUAUCCUCACAUGUAAUGUUGAUUUCAAAGGUUGGUUUAAUUAUAUCAACACAUUUAUUUAUAUUAUUAAAAGAUUACAAACGAUAUUGUUCAAAAAUCACCAAAAUGUGCCAUUCUUACAUUAAGAGAUUGAGUUGAUGAUGCUAAUUAUUUCAUACAGACUAUAUCUACCUUCUUUCUUCAGUGUAUUUUCUAUUUGAUGUUAUGGUAUAUAAUUCUUACUUGACAAAAAUUUGCAAAUUAUAUCAAUAAAAAUAUUUAACAGUGAUGAUGAUGAUGUUUGAGUGUAUAAUCAUUUUCUCAAACACCUGUUUUAGAAAAAAUCCAAGAAGACAACAGAAACACUGACCUUUAAGAGACCAGAGGGAAUGCACAGAGAGGUUUACGCUUUGCUCUACUCAGAUAAAAAGUAUGUAAUUUGUUUUUUAUCAUUGCAUCAUUUAUUGCACUUGCUUUUUAAAGUCUUGCUCAGACAAACACUUGUUUCCCCCCCCUCUGGUUAUCUCCAGAGAUGCACCUCCUCUGCUGCCGAGUGAUACAACUCAGGGCUACAGGACUGUCAAGGCCAAACUGGGCUGCAAAAAAGUCCGUCCCUGGAAGUGGAUGCCCUUCACCAAUCCAGCCCGCAGGGAUGGAGCUAUUUUCCACCACUGGAGACGUGUGGCAGAGGAGGGCAAAGACUACCCUUUUGCUCGCUUCAAUAAGGUAUUGAUGGAUUUUCUUGUGAUAGUGUUCAAGGGAUAUUUCGGCGUAAAUUUAAGUUAUGGCCAAACACACCGUAACACUGAGUUAGACACCCCCUCAAGAGAUGAAUGUUGCCGACUGCUUGCUUCUCAAGUUAUACCAAUGGGGGGUGCCUAACUUGGUGUUACGGUGUGUUUGACCACAACUGAAAUUUACACCGGAAUAUCCCUUUAAGAGUCACUCUAUUGUCCUGGAAGACGAGCACAAAGGAUGGGUUAAUCUUGGUUACUUAUCUUGUGCUGUUUCUUCUGAUUAGAUGUAAACUCUCAUGUACUCUUUUCUUUUACUCAACCUACUUUUUUAUAUUUCUCUUGUCAUUUUCUACAGACAGUGCAGGUACCGGUUUACUCAGAGCAGGAGUAUCAGAUGCAUCUGCAUGAUGAUGGCUGGACUAAAGCAGAGACAGACCACCUGUUUGACCUUUGCAAACGCUUCGACCUGCGCUUCAUUGUUGUCCACGAUCGUUACGAUUACCAGCAAUACAGAGUAAUGAGAGUCAUUUCUCAACAGUGCUUACCUCCAACUUCAGUGUGGAAGUGUUACAAAAUAAUGAUAUGGCAGAUUAAAGCUCAUAUCUCUCCUACAUUCUCUUCAAUAAUUCCUUCAGAAACGUUCAGUGGAAGACCUGAAAGAACGGUAUUAUAACAUUUGUGGAAAACUGACCAAGGUCCGUGCAGCUUCUGGGACAGAGCCUAAGAUCUACAUAUUUGACGCUGGCCAUGAAAGGCGUCGGAAAGAACAGUUGGAGAAGCUCUUCAAUCGCACACCUGAACAAGUAACACUACCAUUUAAUUUAAAUGAUCAGUGUUUUUUGGUGUAGUGUUAUCCUGCCAGUGUAAAACAUAUGUCGGUUACAAACUUCUCCUUAAUGCCGUAUUUCCUCUUGAGAAAUCAAACGACUUGUCAAUACUGGUAGGUGGUCCUCCAAUAUCUGGGUUGCACUUCUCCAUAUUUUCCUGCAGGUGGCAGAAGAGGAAUAUCUUAUUCAGGAACUGAGGAAGAUCGAGACUAGGAAGAAAGAGAGGGAGAAGAAGGCCCAGGAUCUGCAGAAACUUAUUAAAGCCGCUGACACGACCACAGAAUUAAGGCGAGCGGAGAAGAGAGUUUCCAAGAAGAAGCUCCCACAAAAAAGAGAAACAGAAAAACCGGUAUGAAAUGCACAAACACAAAAGAAGCAAAAUUAAACAUAGCUGACCUAUUUCUACCACUCAGGUAAAGCCUUGUUUGUUGGGAAAGCCUGAAGAAGUACACAAGAGUGAUGGAAAUAGCUAAUUUUUCAUGUUUUGAUAUAAUAUGUGAGUCAAAGUCACAGACUUUAGAGCUCUAGUCUCACUCUGUAAAUGAAUGUAAAGCAUGUCAGAAUUCCCCACAAGUGUUUUCAUGUUGUCUUUUUUUAGACCAGAGUGGUGUCAUAUGUCAUCUGUUAUCAUUUUUUUCCCAUUUAGGCUGUUCCAGAGACAGCAGGCAUCAAGUUCCCCGACUUCAAAUCAGCAGGAGUCACUCUGCGCAGUCAGAGGGUGAGUAGAGCUUCAUCUGACUGGGGCAUAAAACGACAGCGUUCUCAAUCUUAAAUCUAAAAUUUCACUGUCCCUUUGAAAUAUUGAAGAUCUUAAAACACUAAUCAGACAAAACAAGAACCAACACUGGAAUAGAAUCGUUGAAACAAUUCAAAAGCUCUGUAUAAGGAACUUAAGGGUUCUUUAUAAAAAGUCAGAAUAUCAUGAAUAUGAUCCAGUUUUUAAAAUUGUUUUGAUUAAAAAAAAUGAAAUGCAUUUUCUCAUGUGAUUAAGAUUAAUCAAAAACAAAUACAGAAAUAUCAAUUUAUGAUAUUUAUAUUUCAUAGCAGUCUUUAGCUGGUCUAUAACUUUGGUCUGAUUCUCUUAUUCACCCCUGAAAAAUAUUCCACAGAUUCUCUACAGGGCUUAGGUCAGGCCAGAGUACUGGCUAACCAAGCACAGUGAAAGCAUGGUCAACAAACCAUUUGGUUGUAGUUUUGGCGCUGUGGGUAGGUGCAAAUUCCUGCUGGAAAAGGAAAUCAGCAUCUCCAUAAAGCUUGUCAGGAGAUGGAAGGAUGACAUGCCCUAAAAUCUUCUAGUAGACGACUGCAUUAGCUUCAGACAAACACAGUGGACUAGCACCAGUAAAUGACCCAGCAUCCCAAAUUAUUGGACUCCGUGCCCCUCUUCUCUUCCUUCAGGCUUUAGGGCCUUGAUAACCAAAUUAAAUGCUAAAUUUACUUUUAUUUGAAAAGAGGACUUUGGACCACUGAGCGAAAGUCCAGUUCUUUUUUUUUUCCCCUCCUUGGCCCAGUAAGACUCUUCUGACCUUGUCUCUGGGUCUGGCAUGGCUUGAUAUGAGGAAUAUGUUACUUUCCUGGAGAUGUUAACCAAACUGAGGAAUACAUGGUGUAACUUAUUGGAACUUAUUAGAUGGUCACUUUCCUGGAUAACUGAAGAAAAGUAUUUGACUAUUUCACAAUAUUUGAGGAUAUUAAGAUGCAGCUGUGUAUACUGCACACUGUUGAGUUUUAACAUGGUGAUGAACAUCAAAAUCAUACUUGCACUUUUUUGCUGUGGCUUACUUGUUAAGUUUUCUUUAAACUUCCGUUAUUUUAUAAAAACAUUUCUCAGUAAAACUUGACCCCGUAGCUGAUAAAUGUGAGCCCUACAUGAAACCAGAAUGUCAGACUUGGACUGGCUAUCUCUCAUUAGCACUGAGAUGAUUAAUUCUGUUAGUGGCGAUGUAAUAUCUGUACGACUUAGCCAGGGGACUUAUUCGUCUUCAAGACUGAUGAGGAGCAUCUACUCUCUAUGGAAAAUGCAUUAGCACAGCUAAAGGAGUGGAGUACUGCUCAACGCCAUCAGUCAGACAGAGUUCAGUGGAUAAAGACAUUUUGAUCUGGCUCACUGAAGUGCAUUUCAUAUGAGUUAAAAGCCCGAAGGUGGAGCUGUUUAUCCUAAUACCCCCAGCACCUUAAAUCACACUGGUGUUCAUAUGUUUUCUUGUGUUUGUGUGUCUCAGAUGAAACUGCCAAGCUCAGUUGGCCAGAAGAAGAUCAAGGCCAUCGAGCAGAUCCUGGUCGAACAAGGAGUCGGUACGUGUGAAUACAUAUUAGCGCUCUGCUGAUGUUUUGUUAGUUUACAUUUUUUCACUCCCUUCUGCAAAAGACUCCUUAAAAAACAAACAGAUAGAGAAAGAGUUUAAAAUGUGUAACAAUAGAGUGAGACCCCAGAGUGAGACAAAUAUUGGUGAUUAAGUCAUAAUUUUCAUCUAUUUAUCAAAACAAAGAAAAACCUGUAACUUCCUGUUACAUCUGUGUUUUAAUUAAAUGUAUCUCAUCUCUGCUUGUGCUCUUUGGUGUAAAUCCAGACCUGAACCCCAUGCCCACAGAGGAGAUUGUUCAGAUGUUCAAUGAGCUGCGUAGUGACCUGGUCCUGCUGUAUGAGCUGAAGCAGGCCCACAGCAACUGUGAAUAUGAGCAACAAAUGCUGCGUCAUCGUUAUGAGGCACUGCUGAAGGCUGGCAGUGGAGGCAUGUGUGGGGGAUCUAUUGGGACAGGGCCAGCCUCUACCGGACAGAGUGGAGAACUUAACGCCAACAACAGCAAUACAGCUUCUACCCCGGUUGGGGAAUCUCAGUCGUGGCCCUGCACUGAUGACAUCAAGGUGGAAGCCAAGGAGCAGAUCAUCGAUGUUGUCGGAGCACCACUGACCCCCAACUCGGUAAGUCUGAAAACCUUGGUCCUAGACUCAGUUUUAAGAAGAAAAAGACAAGAUCCUCAAGUCUAAGGAGACCUGACCAACAAUGUUAAGGCAGUUAUUUUUCUUUGUUAUUUGGCGUCUGCUGAUAGGACUAAAGUCAAAUUAGGUUAUGCAACCAGGAUAUGUUAUAAUUGAUCAAUGAAAGUUUGGAUAAGCCUCAAAAGGCAAAGUUUUUAAUUUUUUCCAAUAUCAGUGGUUCUGCAUUUUGAGUCUUAUCAGCUUUUUGCCCCCCAGUCUCAAGUUGUUCUCAUGUUCAUGUGAUCUAUUAGAUGAUGUUUUAAUAUUUAUGGCUACGUUCCUUGAAAUUUUGUGAACACAUUCUACCAAAUUUCUUUGAUCACAGGCUGUUUAAAUACUCUUUUUUUUAACAUGAGUGUUUUGUGUCACUAUGCAGCGCAAGAGGAGAGAGUCAGCAUCCAGCUCAUCUUCAGUCAAAAAGGUGAAGAAGCCGUGAUGCGGACAGGAGCUCUGGCUGUUGAACGGUGGAGAACAGGGGGGACAGUGUCAGUUACUCUGGUCACAGUGGGGCUGGUUGGACGAGAAGGACAUGGGGAGGCAGAGCACCAUAUCCCCCUCCAUUGUUGUUGAAACAUCGCUAACUACACACACAUACACACCGCAAUUUUUAACCCACCAACAACGCCUCUCCAACCCAUUCCCAUCUGGUCCAGUUUGCAUCUUAGUGACAAAGGCAACAGCUGAGUGACAUUUCAUUUCAUUACUGCCUGUCUCCCUGCCUCCACUGUUGCUCAGCCUCAGGUGAGGUAAGAUCAACUGUAAAUUGGGACACGAGCAGGAAGGCAGGAAUGACGGCUUAAUUGAACUGAAUUGGAAUGAAAAGAGAGACUGGGAUUGGGAGCACCAUGAGCCAAUAUCUUUUUUUGUAGCCUAACAAUGCCGUAGUGUUUACUGGAAAUGUGUAUUUGUGUUAGCCAUUCGCACCCUCGAAGCUUCAUCUCGACCUGGAGUGCUCUCGACUCUCUCACUGAAUGUUUCUGCUCCAUCUGCUGCCUUCACUCUGUGUUGGAGGAGAGGAGCUGAGCUGUGUUGUUUGUCCUCAGGGGGCCUUGAAGAUCCUUCAGUCAAUGAUUCAAUAAACGUCAUUGUUUUUUUUUUUCUA